GGUUUACUUACAGAGUGAGGACGAACCGUGGAUCGGGUUUAGAGCAUUGUUGUGUGUGCAACAGAACAUCAAGGAAUAGAUUCCCGGAAACACUGAGCAGCUUCUCCGGCUCUGAUUCUGCUCUGCAUUUUGUUCUACACUGAUAGUAUUUGUGUUUUGUCAGUUGCGCUGUUCUUUAUAACCAAAUUAAAUAGCGAAUGAUGCGAUAGCGCUGCCUGGAGACACGGAUAGCGAUCAGGACGGACAACAAAAGGGAAAGUCCACAGAACCACACAUCAGACAACGUUUAGCCGGAUUCGUGUCAAUUUGCAACUAAAACGGAGAAAAUGUCUAAACCUGAUUAUACUGGCGUUUACCACAUGGUUUCCCAGGACAAUUUCGAUGAAUAUCUGGCGGCUUUGGAUGUUAAUUAUGCAUUAAGGAAAAUCGUCUGCAUUCUGAAACCCAGUAAACAUAUUGAGCAUGAUGUGAACACCGGCAAAAUGAAAAUAAAGACAGCCACUACCUUUAGGAACUUCGACAUGGAUUUCACUCUGGGACAGGAAUUCACAGAGGACCUUGGGCCGGUUGAUGGGCGAAAGUGCCAGACUACAGUGGACUGGGACGGUGAUAAAUUGGUGUGCGUGCAGCGAGGAGAGAAAGAGGGUAGGGGGUGGACACACUGGUUGGAGGGAAACAUUCUCCAUUUGGAGUUGAGGGCGCAGGGUGUAACUGCCAAGCAAGUCUUUAAGAAGUCUGAGUGAAGGAUAGCGAAAAGGAGAAAGAGAGGGGCCGCUUGCUGGGGGUUUUAAGCUCAGAGUGUUCUUGGAGAUCUGGACUUAGAAAGAGGCCAUGUCGCCACAGAGAUCUGUCCCCAGUCAGCAGCAAAUAGUGUUUAAAUGGAGACCACCUCUGUGAAAUGUUCCCUCCCUCACAUUUGAAAUCCAAACAAAAGUUAGAAUGAGAUGAGGCCACAGUAGAGCACUGUUGACCCUUGAGAACAUUAGCGAAUGGUACUGUAAAGCAGUGGACCAGUUUCAGGCUGGAUUCAUAAAAUCCUAAAAAUAUAUUAUGCCGUUAUAUUUGCAUUAUGCAAAAGUAGUGAUUAAAAAAUCCAGUGCUUUUGCACUUAGCUAGUCAGGUAGUUUGCACUCUUGAAUUUUAAUUCCAAAAUUCUAGGCCUAUUUAACAUCAAGUUUCCUGCUACUAAACUGGAAUAUGUUAAAUAUUCUGUAAUGGCUUUGUUAAAUCUGUUUAACUGAUUAUGAUUAAUGGACUACACUAGUCAACAUUGCAUAAAAUUACCUAUAUAUGUAUGGUCUAAACGUAAUGUCAUUACAUUGUCCACUACAAGAUACAAUGGUUUAUAUUACCAUAAAAUCAGAUGGGUGUGCAAAUGUUUUGUUUCUGAUUACUUGACUUAGCAACAGUAGGCUAAUAGUCAUCUACUACUUAACAGUUUUAUAUAGCUGUUGUAUAAGUUUAUUUAGUUUAUGCUUUUUAAGCGUUGCACUUUUUAAUGUCUUCCCCUCUGCAAAGCUGUUAUAUGACCACUAAGGGGCGACAAGAGACCUUUUCUUCUUCUUAUGGAAUAAGAAUAUUCGCUAUGGCAAAUAUGCUCCACUGCGACAUCUUCUGGUAAGACCGUGGAAUGACAUCAUGACAGUCUUCAUCCCUUUGCUUGUUUAUCAUGGGGUUUUAUUCAAACACAUCAUCACCAAAUUUGAUCUCUUUGUGUUUAUGAAUCAAAUGUAGCAAUCACAAAAACAAAACAAUCCUAAGCAAAAAUCUUAAGUACAGGACUAAAGAUGCUAUAUUCAUUAUUUGCUGAGAAGAGUCCAUACUGUAUAAUGCAGUGUGAAGGUUUUCAUUUAUCCAGGUUAAAUGUGUUGCAUAUUUUAAUAAAUGAAAAACAAAGUCUGUUUCUUUACAAAUAUGUUUUACCAGACAUAUGGUGUAAAGCUUAUACACAUUGAUAAAAUAAAUCAUUCUAUACUCAUA